AACAACCCAAUUUUCCCAUCAACCUUGUCUGUGAAUCCCUCUCCCCACCAAAAUGGCGGAUGCUGUAGUUUCCUUUGUCCUAGAGCAGCUGAAGACAACCAUUGUUGACAAGGCCUCUGAAGAGGUGGAGCUGCUAGUUGAUGUUGAGAAAGAAGUGAGAAAGCUUGAAAGAAAUCUCCGUCUCAUCGAUACUUUUCUCCGAGAUGCUGAGGAGAAGAAAAGAACGGAUGGUCUUGUCAAGGAAUGGCUAGACAGGCUCAAAGAAGCUUCUUACGACAUGGGGGAUGAGUUGGAUGAGUGGAGUACUACAGUAGAGAUCGAAGCACUUGAAGCACAAAAUGCUGCUUCUCUGAAGAAGGCACUAUGCAAUUUCAUUUCGUGCUUUUCUAUUCGUCGUGCAUAUACCCAUCGUAAAAUUGCCCUCAACAUAAAGGAAAUCAAUCAAAGAUUAGAUGAUAUUGUAAAGGAGAAAGAGAAGUAUCAGUUGCAGCUGAUGUCGAUGCCGAUAAGUAACACAAGCAAUCAUCUUCAACAACGACCAGAAACCUCGUCUUUUGUGGAUGUGUCAAAACUAUGUGGUCGGGAUAAGAAGAAGGCAGAAAUACUGAACUAUUUGUGGGGAGGGAGUGGUGAAGAGGAGACUGUUGAACUAAUCCCUACCAUAUCUAUAAUAGGAAUGGGGGGGUUAGGAAAGACUGCUCUUGCACAACUGAUAUAUAAUGACGAUGAUGUUAAAGAGCAUUUUGAUAGGGUAAUCUGGGUUUGUGUCUCUGACCUUUUUGAUGAGAAAAAAGUUGCAAAGACAAUCAUUCAAAGGCUUGAAAAACUUAGUGAUAGUGCUGCAUAUGGCCUAGAAUCGAAUCCAUUGCAGGUCCUUUUGGAAAGGAUUUCUAGCUCUGUCCAAGGAAUGAAAUAUUUUCUUGUUUUAGAUGAUGUUUGGGAUGGAAAAAAAGGUGAGAGAUGGGAAGGACUGAAAACCACGUUCAAAUAUGGUGCCCCAGGAAGCAGAAUAUUGGUUACCACACGUGAUGUUGAUGUUGCAAAAAUGAUGGGGUCCUCUUCCUCACAAAUCAUUUCUCUGGAGAAAUUGAGCAAUGAGCAAUGUUGGUCAAUAAUUAAACAUAUAGCAUUAGAAGGAAGCGAUGAUCAGAAUUUGGAGAAAAUUGGGAGACAAAUUGCAGAGAAGUGUAAGGGCUUACCGCUUGCUGCCAAAACUCUUGGAAGCCUUUUAAAGUCUAAAAGAAGCAAAAGAGAGUGGCAAAGUGUCUUGAAUAGUGAAAUAUGGAAAUUAGAAUUGGCACAAAAGCAAAUUUUUGCUCCUUUGUUGCUGAGUUAUUAUGAUUUGCCCCCCCCAGUAAAGCGGUGCUUCGUGUAUUGUGUUCUUUUUCCCAAAGAUCACCGACUUUGGCAUGAUGUGAUAAUUCCACAAUGGAUGGCGAUGGGUUAUUUAGGAUCGGAUGGUAAUGCAGAUUUGGAGUCAAAAGGGGAAGAGUACUUUCGCAUCUUAGUAGACCGCUCUUUCUUUCAAGAUCUUGAAAUGUAUAAUGGAAAGAUUACUUAUUGUAAGAUGCAUGACAUGGUACAUGAUUUUGCUCAGUAUUUGGUGGAGAAUGAGUUUGCGAUUAAAGAGAUCAACUCAGACCAUUUGACUAUAGAUGGGUCAAAGAAUUGUCACUUGACAGUGAUGAUUGAUGAAGGGAUUCCUUUUCCUACAUCUAUUUCUGGUGCAGAAAAAUUGCGAACCCUUAUAACUUUCACUGGAGAGGGUGCACUGACUUAUGAGGCCUUGCGUGGUUUGUUUAAUCAUUGCAGACGCUUAAGGGUAUUGAGUUUUGGUUGGCCUGAUGGAACUGAUCAUUUAUGCAAAGAAAUCCCUGAAGGAAUAGGGAAAUUGAUACACUUGAGAUUCUUGCACUUGGGUUGUAGUCAAAAAUUAGAAAGGCUGCCUGAAGCACUCUGCAACCUACUUAAUUUGCAGUUUUUGGAUUUGUGGCGCUGCGGAAAUCUCAAGCAAUUGCCAGAUUCAAUAGGAAAAUUAAUCAACUUGAGACAUGCAAAUGGGAUCAUUGCCCGAGCUGAUCGUAAUGAUGCUAAAGAAUUUUGCCUUGCCGAUCUUGAAAACUUGAAACACCUCCAUUUACUGGCUUUGAAAGUGGUGGGGAAUUCAAUCGAUAUGGAGCAGGCUAGAAAAGCUCAACUUCAGGACACCCAGUGGUUGUUUAUAUUUUUGGCUGGCAGUAUUCAGAGAGCAGACAUAAUUGAAGCCUUAGACCCACAUCGAAGCAUACCACACUUUAGUUUUUACAACGACUACUUGUUCCUAUAGCGCCCAGCAUCCUAAUCAACACAAAAGGAAUUGGACGUGCUUGUGGCAAGGAGAGAUUUCGAAUGUUGAGUGAUGGGCUUUCUUCUAUUGUUGGUGAAUAAGGAAGCUGUUUCUAUCUACGAAGGUUGUUUUCAUUUCCAGCUAUUUUGUCUUAGGAAUGUUAUGUGCAAGAUUGAUCCAUUAUGGGAUCGAUUCUUAUGGUGUGUGCCGCUCUCAUUUUCCAUCUUAGAUGUGACAAUUCAGAAUUGGGAUUUUUUUACUUUUUGGUGGAUUUCUUCUUGUUGUUGUUGAACACGCUUAAUAAAUCCAUAAGGUAAAU